AUAUUUAUCGUGACUUUUCACACAAUGACUUAAUAUUAUUUUUGUUUUAUUUUAAAAUUAAUUUCUUUUUUAAAAAUGAAAUAAUAAUAUCUAACUGUAUGGAGACAUCGAAGGAAUAUCAAAAUGCCGUUCAAACCUCUGUACUGCAUAUAUGGAAAGUAUACAAUUCCUCAACGAGUGAUCCUCUCUCUGAUCCUGCAUUUCGCUUUGCAAAAUGCCUACAACGUGAGAGUGGUGAUAAAUAUCGCCAUCACUGAAAUGGUGAAACCGAUAAUCAAAAACGCGACAACUGCCAGAGAUGAUUGUCCCAAUUUGAAAGCUGAGGAAGUUCUGGAAGUCAAGGAAGGACAGUACAACUGGGAUACAAACGACCAGGCCCUCAUCAAGUACAUUUUCUUCGUGGGGUACUUCGUAGGCCACCUUCCUGGAGGUUGGCUGGCAGACAAGAUCGGUGCCAGACACGUCUUGGGCACUGGCGUACUUGUAUCCGCCAUUUUGAACUUAAUACUGCCCUUAUCAAUUACUAAAGGUGGCGAAUACUGGGGCUUCAUUUUCUGCGUGAUAAUACGCUCUCUCAUGGGAUUUUUUCAGGGUUGUAUAGUACCAACUAUAGCGACGUUCAUGAGCUCGUGGGCACCCAGGAAAGAGAGAGCCAUGCUGGGUGGUGUGGCCUAUGGUGGCGGCAACCUGGGCAACAUUAUGGGAAUCGUAUUUACCGGUGUCAUAAUCUACUAUACGAACAGUUGGGCUAACGCCUUUUACGUAUGGGGACUGAUGGCUAUAAUGUGGUACUUCCUGUUCCUUUUCACCGCAUUCUCGUAUCCAGAGACUCAUCCCUUUAUUACUGAAAAGGAACUGGCGUAUUUGAAGGAGAACCUCUCUAAAAUGCCUAAAGACUUCACAGUGCCCUGGGUGAAGAUAAUCAAAUGUAUCCCCAUCUGGGCAAUUUUGGCAGCGCAAUUCGGCCACGAUUACGUUUUGUACGCCAUGAACACCGAUCUGCCCAAGUUCAUCAAGGACUACCUGAAAAUGAACGUGAGAAACAACGGGAUAGUAAGCGCCAUGCCGUUCGUGCUCAGCUGGAUUUCGGCCAUUGCCAGCGGCUUUCUGGCCGAUUACAUCGUCAACAAGAAACUGAUGAGCCUUUUGGCGAUGAGAAAAUGGCUGACGAUUAUUUCUAUUAUGGGACCAGCCUCUUGCAACAUUCUCGCAGUCUACAUAGGGUGUUCCCGAUUAUGGGUCGUUUUUCUCUGCACGUUCGGCAUGUUCUGGAUGGGUCCUUUCUGGUCGGCUUCAAAAGUCAACGUCAACGACCUCAGCAGACAUUACGGUGGUAUCCUGAUGGCUAUUAUCAAUGGGAUCGGUGCCUGGGCUGGAAUUCUAGGACCCUGGAUUACAGGAUACUUUACGCCAGACGGGACUCUGGAACAAUGGCGUUUCGUGUUCUGGGUCAUGAUGCUCAUCGCUGUGCUCACUUCAGCUGCCUAUCUAUUCUUUGCGAAAGCCGAUAGACAAGAGUGGGACUACUGGGAAGGAGAAUUUCCAGGAGAUGAAGAUUGUUUCGUGAUCCCCCAGAGAGUAGUUUUGGCUGUGGUCCUCCAUCUGGCCAUGCAGAACGCUUAUAAUCUGAGGGUGGUCAUCAACAUAGCCAUUACGGAGAUGGUCAAACCUGGUAUAAAAAACUCGACCAAAAUUAUAGACGACUGUCCCAAUUUGAAAGCAGAAGAAAAUCCAUCGAUCAAGGAUGGACAGUAUAACUGGAACUCCAACGAUCAAGCCCUGAUCAAGUACAUUUUCUUCGUGGGGUAUUUCUUGGGGCAUCUUCCUGGAGGCUGGCUGGGGGAUAAAAUCGGUGCCCGACACGUGACUGGCACCUCUCUCCUCUUAGCCGCCAUAUUUAAUUUAAUUCUACCCUUUUCCAUCAGUACCGGAGGAGAAUAUUGGGGAUUCAUGUAUUGCGUGGCUAUUCGAUUCAUGAUCGGUGUAUUUCAGGGUUCAAUAGUACCAACCAUAGCGACGUUCAUGAGCUCGUGGGCACCCAAAAAAGAAAGAGCCAUGUUGGGUGGCAUAGCUUACGGAGGAGGAAACCUGGGCAACAUCGUGGGUAUUAUCUUCACCGGGGUUAUAAUCUACUAUACCAGAAGUUGGUCCAGUCCGUUCUACUUGUGGGGAUUGCUGACCAUUCUUUGGUACAUCCUGUUUCUAUUCACCAGUUUUUCGUAUCCAGAAACCCAUCCGUUUAUUAGUGACGGGGAAAAGGAAUUUUUGCAAGAGAAUCUAGCUAAAAAAGCUACCAAUUUCAAAGUGCCUUGGCUUCAAAUAGCCAAAUGUUGUCCGAUUUGGGCCAUUUUGGCUGCACAAUUCGGUCACAACUACGUACUGUUCGCUAUGAACACGGACUUGCCCAAGUUUGUCAAAGACUAUCUGAAGAUGAACAUCAAGAACAACGGGAUAGUCAGCGCGCUGCCCUUUAUAUUUUGCUGGAUUUCGGCUAUAGGCAGCGGUUUUGUUGCUGACUGUAUAACGAAUCGGAAUUUAAUGAGUAUCCUGACAAUGAGGAAAUUGCUGACCAUUAUCUCUAUUAUAGGACCGGCAAUGUGCAAUGUUGCCGCAGUCUACAUCGGAUGUUCCCGCAUAUGGGUCGUCUUCCUUUGCACGUUCGGCAUGUUCUGGAUGGGUCCCUUCUGGCCAGCCCUUAAAGUUAACGUCAACGACCUCAGCAGGCACUACGGUGGUAUCCUGAUGGCCAUCAUCAACGGUAUCGGAGCCUGGGCCGGAGUACUGGCUCCGUGGAUUACUGGAUACUUCACGCCGGACGGAACGCUGCAGCAAUGGCGCGUGGUAUUCUGGAUUAUGAUGGUUAUAGCCGUAGCUACGUCGCUUGUCUAUUUGUUUUUUGCCAAAGCUGACAGGCAGGAGUGGGACUACUGGGAAGGGGAGGCCCGCGAAGAGCCUGGAGCUUCAACGGCGAAAUAGAAGAGUCAGAAAAUAUAUUUUUAG